AUGUAGAAAAUUUUAAUUAGAAAUUUGGUUUUUAUUCAAUUAUUUGCAAUUUCCUUAUAAUCUUAAUGUCCUAUCUGCUAUUAUAGUUCCGAUGGAACUGACGAUAAUGGAUAAUGCUCUAAAUGCGAUCUAGGUUAUUGUACGCCAGGUGAAGGAACUAGCGGAAAUGAAAAGGAUUCUUGUAGUGUGAUAACUUAAAAAUGUAAAAUAAAUUAUUUUAGUCCAACAGGCUAUGAUAAUGAUGGAAAUAGUGGAGGUUGUAAUUAAUGUGCUAGCGGCAAGUAUAAUUUAUCUGAAGGAUCAUCAGAUUGCCCUUAUAUGUAAUGCGAUAUAGGUUACUUUAGUACUAAUGGCUAUUAUACUGAUGGAAAUGAAUCAGAUUGUAAAAAGUGUGAUUAAGGAUAAAGUAAUUCUUAAAAAGCAUCUAAAGAUUGCCCUCUUAAAUCUUGUAAAGUAGGUUUAUACAGCUUAAGUGGCUUUGAUAAUGAUGGUCAUGGUGAUGGAUGUAAACCUUGUGAUAGUGGAUAUACAACAUUAUCUGAAUAAACAACAGGAAUAGAUAACUCAGCUUGUAAAAGGAAAGCUUGUCUUAAGGGAUUUUACAGCACAGAUGGAUUUGACAAUGAUACAAAUAAUGGAGGAUGCAAACCAUGUGACAGUGGAUAUACAACAUUAUCUGAAUAAACAAUAGGAAUAGAUAACUCAGCUUGUAAAAGGAAAGCUUGCCUUAAGGGAUUUUACAGCACAGAUGGAUUCGACAAUGAUACAAAUAAUGGAGGAUGCAAACCAUGUGACAGUGGAUAUACAACAUAAUCUGAAUAAACAACAGGAAUAGAUAACUCAGCUUGUAAAAGGAAAGCUUGUCUUAAAGGAUUUUACAGCACAGAUGGAUUUGAUAAUGAUACAAAUAAUGGAGGAUGUAAACCAUGUGACAGUGGAUAUACAACAUUAUCUGAAUAAACAACAGGAAUAGAUAACUCAGCUUGUAAAAGGAAAGCUUGUCUUAAGGGAUUUUACAGCACAGAUGGAUUCGACAAUGAUACAAAUAAUGGAGGAUGUAAACCAUGUGACAAUGGAUAUACAACAUUAUCUGAAUAAACAAUAGGAAUAGAUAACUCAGCUUGUAAAAGGAAAGCUUGCCUUAAAGGAUUUUACAGCACAGAUGGAUUUGACAAUGAUACAAAUAAUGGAGGAUGUAAACCAUGUGACAAUGGAUAUACAACAUUAUCUGAAUAAACAAUAGGAAUAGAUAACUCAGCUUGUAAAAGGAAAGCUUGUCUUAAGGGAUUUUACAACACAGAUGGAUUCGACAAUGAUACAAAUAAUGGAGGAUGCAAACCAUGUGACAGUGGAUAUACAACAUAAUCUGAAUAAACAACAGGAAUAGAUAACUCAGCUUGUAAAAGGAAAGCUUGUCUUAAAGGAUUUUACAGCACAGAUGGAUUUGAUAAUGAUACAAAUAAUGGAGGAUGUAAACCAUGUGACAAUGGAUAUACAACAUUAUCUGAAUAAACAAUAGGAAUAGAUAACUCAGCUUGUAAAAGGAAAGCUUGCCUUAAAGGAUUUUACAGCACAGAUGGAUUUGACAAUGAUACAAAUAAUGGAGGAUGUAAACCAUGUGACAAUGGAUAUACAACAUUAUCUGAAUAAACAAUAGGAAUAGAUAACUCAGCUUGUAAAAGGAAAGCUUGCCUUAAAGGAUUUUACAGCACAGAUGGAUUUGACAAUGAUACAAAUAAUGGAGGAUGCAAACCAUGUGACAGUGGAUAUACAACAUUAUCUGAAUAAACAAUAGGAAUAGAUAACUCAGCUUGUAAAAGGAAAGCUUGCCUUAAGGGAUUUUACAGCACAGAUGGAUUCGACAAUGAUACAAAUAAUGGAGGAUGCAAACCAUGUGACAGUGGAUAUACAACAUUAACUGAAUAAACAAUAGGAAUAGAUAACUCAGCUUGUAAAAGGAAAGCUUGUCUUAAGGGAUUUUACAGCACAGAUGGAUUCGGCAAUGAUACAAAUAAUGGAGGAUGCAAACCAUGUGACAGUGGAUAUACAACAUAAUCUGAAUAAACAACAGGAAUAGAUAACUCAGCUUGUAAAAGGAAAGCUUGUCUUAAAGGAUUUUACAGCACAGAUGGAUUUGAUAAUGAUACAAAUAAUGGAGGAUGUAAACCAUGUGACAGUGGAUAUACAACAUUAUCUGAAUAAACAAUAGGAAUAGAUAACUCAGCUUGUAAAAGGAAAGCUUGUCUUAAGGGAUUUUACAGCACAGAUGGAUUCGGCAAUGAUACAAAUAAUGGAGGAUGCAAACCAUGUGACAGUGGAUAUACAACAUAAUCUGAAUAAACAACAGGAAUAGAUAACUCAGCUUGUAAAAGGAAAGCUUGUCUUAAAGGAUUUUACAGCACAGAUGGAUUUGAUAAUGAUACAAAUAAUGGAGGAUGUAAACCAUGUGACAGUGGAUAUACAACAUUAUCUGAAUAAACAAUAGGAAUAGAUAACUCAGCUUGUAAAAGGAAAGCUUGUCUUAAAGGAUUUUACAGCACAGAUGGAUUUGACAAUGAUACAAAUAAUGGAGGAUGCAAACCAUGUGACAGUGGAUAUACAACAUUAUCUGAAUAAACAAUAGGAAUAGAUAACUCAGCUUGUAAAAGGAAAGCUUGUCUUAAAGGAUUUUACAGCACAGAUGGAUUUGACAAUGAUACAAAUAAUGGAGGAUGUAAACCAUGUGACAAUGGAUAUACAACAUUAUCUGAAUAAACAAUAGGAAUAGAUAACUCAGCUUGUAAAAGGAAAGCUUGUCUUAAGGGAUUUUACAGCACAGAUGGAUUCGACAAUGAUACAAAUAAUGGAGGAUGCAAACCAUGUGACAGUGGAUAUACAACAUAAUCUGAAUAAACAACAGGAAUAGAUAACUCAGCUUGUAAAAGGAAAGCUUGUCUUAAAGGAUUUUACAGCACAGAUGGAUUUGAUAAUGAUACAAAUAAUGGAGGAUGUAAAUCAUGUGACAGUGGAUAUACAACAUAAUCUGAAUAAACAAUAGGAAUAGAUAACUCAGCUUGUAAAAGGAAAGCUUGUCUUAAGGGAUUUUACAGCACAGAUGGGUUCGACAAUGAUACAAAUAAUGGAGGAUGCAAACCAUGUGACAGUGGAUAUACAACAUAAUCUGAAUAAACAAUAGGAAUAGAUAACUCAGCUUGUAAAAGGAAAGCUUGCCUUAAAGGAUUUUACAGCACAGAUGGAUUUGACAAUGAUACAAAUAAUGGAGGAUGUAAACCAUGUGACAGUGGAUAUACAACAUAAUCUGAAUAAACAAUAGGAAUAGAUAACUCAGCUUGUAAAAGGAAAGCUUGUCUUAAAGGAUUUUACAGCACAGAUGGAUUUGAUAAUGAUACAAAUAAUGGAGGAUGUAAACCAUGUGACAAUGGAUAUACAACAUUAUCUGAAUAAACAAUAGGAAUAGAUAACUCAGCUUGUAAAAGGAAAGCUUGUCUUAAGGGAUUUUACAGCACAGAUGGAUUCGGCAAUGAUACAAAUAAUGGAGGAUGUAAACCAUGUGACAGUGGAUAUACAACAUAAUCUGAAUAAACAAUAGGAAUAGAUAACUCAGCUUGUAAAAGGAAAGCUUGCCUUAAAGGAUUUUACAGCACAGAUGGAUUUGACAAUGAUACAAAUAAUGGAGGAUGUAAACCAUGUGACAAUGGAUAUACAACAUUAUCUGAAUAAACAAUAGGAAUAGAUAACUCAGCUUGUAAAAGGAAAGCUUGCCUUAAGGGAUUUUACAGCACAGAUGGAUUCGACAAUGAUACAAAUAAUGGGGGAUGCAAACCAUGUGACAGUGGAUAUACAACAUUAUCUGAAUAAACAAUAGGAAUUGAUAACUCAGCUUGUAAAAGGAAAGCUUGUCUUAAGGGAUUUUACAGCACAGAUGGAUUCGGCAAUGAUACAAAUAAUGGAGGAUGCAAACCAUGUGACAGUGGAUAUACAACAUUAUCUGAAUAAACAAUAGGAAUAGAUAACUCAGCUUGUAAAAGGAAAGCUUGCCUUAAGGGAUUUUACAGUACAGAUGGAUUCGACAAUGAUACAAAUAAUGGAGGAUGCAAACCAUGUGACAGUGGAUAUACAACAUUAUCUGAAUAAACAAUAGGAAUAGAUAACUCAGCUUGUAAAAGGAAAGCUUGUCUUAAGGGAUUUUACAGCACAGAUGGAUUCGACAAUGAUACAAAUAAUGGAGGAUGCAAACCAUGUGACAGUGGAUAUACAACAUUAUCUGAAUAAACAAUAGGAAUAGAUAACUCAGCUUGUAAAAGGAAAGCUUGUCUUAAGGGAUUUUACAGCACAGAUGGAUUCGACAAUGAUACAAAUAAUGGAGGAUGUAAACCAUGUGACAGUGGAUAUACAACAUUAACUGAAUAAACAAUAGGAAUAGAUAACUCAGCUUGUAAAAGGAAAGCUUGCCUUAAGGGAUUUUACAGCACAGAUGGAUUUGACAAUGAUACAAAUAAUGGAGGAUGUAAACCAUGUGACAGUGGAUAUACAACAUAAUCUGAAUAAACAAUAGGAAUAGAUAACUCAGCUUGUAAAAGGAAAGCUUGCCUUAAAGGAUUUUACAGCACAGAUGGAUUUGACAAUGAUACAAAUAAUGGAGGAUGUAAACCAUGUGACAAUGGAUAUACAACAUUAUCUGAAUAAACAGUAGGAAUAGAUAACUCAGCUUGUAAAAGGAAAGCUUGUCUUAAAGGAUUUUACAGCACAGAUGGAUUUGACAAUGAUACAAAUAAUGGAGGAUGUAAACCAUGUGACAGUGGAUAUACAACAUUAUCUGAAUAAACAAUAGGAAUAGAUAACUCAGCUUGUAAAAGGAAAGCUUGCCUUAAGGGAUUUUACAGCACAGAUGGAUUCGACAAUGAUACAAAUAAUGGAGGAUGCAAACCAUGUGACAGUGGAUAUACAACAUAAUCUGAAUAAACAACAGGAAUAGAUAACUCAGCUUGUAAAAGGAAAGCUUGUCUUAAAGGAUUUUACAGCACAGAUGGAUUUGAUAAUGAUACAAAUAAUGGAGGAUGUAAACCAUGUGACAGUGGAUAUACAACAUUAUCUGAAUAAACAAUAGGAAUAGAUAACUCAGCUUGUAAAAGGAAAGCUUGUCUUAAAGGAUUUUACAGCACAGAUGGAUUUGACAAUGAUACAAAUAAUGGAGGAUGCAAACCAUGUGACAGUGGAUAUACAACAUUAUCUGAAUAAACAAUAGGAAUAGAUAACUCAGCUUGUAAAAGGAAAGCUUGUCUUAAGGGAUUUUACAGCACAGAUGGAUUCGGCAAUGAUACAAAUAAUGGAGGAUGCAAACCAUGUGACAGUGGAUAUACAACAUUAUCUGAAUAAACAAUAGGAAUAGAUAACUCAGCUUGUAAAAGGAAAGCUUGCCUUAAGGGAUUUUACAGCACAGAUGGAUUCGACAAUGAUACAAAUAAUGGAGGAUGCAAACCAUGUGACAGUGGAUAUACAACAUUAUCUGAAUAAACAAUAGGAAUAGAUAACUCAGCUUGUAAAAGGAAAGCUUGCCUUAAAGGAUUUUACAGCACAGAUGGAUUUGACAAUGAUACAAAUAAUGGAGGAUGUAAACCAUGUGACAAUGGAUAUACAACAUUAUCUGAAUAAACAGUAGGAAUAGAUAACUCAGCUUGUAAAAGGAAAGCUUGUCUUAAGGGAUUUUACAACACAGAUGGAUUCGACAAUGAUACAAAUAAUGGAGGAUGCAAACCAUGUGACAGUGGAUAUACAACAUAAUCUGAAUAAACAAUAGGAAUAGAUAACUCAGCUUGUAAAAGGAAAGCUUGUCUUAAGGGAUUUUACAGCACAGAUGGAUUCGACAAUGAUACAAAUAAUGGAGGAUGUAAACCAUGUGACAGUGGAUAUACAACAUUAUCUGAAUAAACAAUAGGAAUAGAUAACUCAGCUUGUAAAAGGAAAGCUUGUCUUAAAGGAUUUUACAGCACAGAUGGAUUUGACAAUGAUACAAAUAAUGGAGGAUGCAAACCAUGUGAUAGUGGAUAUACUACUAAAUAAUAAUAAACAGCAGGAAAUGAUAAUUUAGCUUGUACUUUGAAAGCAUGCUAAAUUGGAUUUUAUAGCUUAACUGGUUUUGAUAAUAAUGGAUAAGGUGAUGGAUGUAAACCAUGCAGUAUUGGUAAAUCAACAAAAUAAGUAUAAACACAAGGUAUUAAUGAUUCUGUUUGCGAUUUGAAUCUUAAAUUAUGCCCUAAAGGUUACUAUAGUAAUUCUGGUUAUGAUUAAGAUGGUAAAGGUAAUGGUUGUAUUUAGUGUUAAAAUGGUAAAACAAAUAACCUUCCAGGAUCUACUUAAUGCGAAAAGUGUACUGACCAAUAUCCAUACCUCAGCUUAGAUAAAACACAAUGCCUCAUUUAAUGUGGUAUUAAUGAAUAGCCAUCAAUUAAAUAAGAGAUACAUUUAUGUGAAUGCUCAAAUCUAUUUUAUUUUGAUUAUAACUAAAAUUCUUGUGUUUUGAGCUGUUCUAAUAACUAAAUUGGUAAUAGCAUUACUGGAAAAUGCGAUAAUAUUUAAAAUUGUAUUGGUAAAUAAUUUAUUUCAGCUGAUUCUAAAUUUUGCUUAGAUUAAUGUCCACCCUUUUAAUAAAUUAGUAAUAUUAAUAGCAAUUAAUGUGAAAUGAUACCUUAAAUUACUUCAUAAGAUUUAGAAAAAUAAUUUAAUGUAAUAAUUAAUAAUAUUCAAUCAAAUAAUAAUAAUUAGUUCAAUAACUCAAUUAUUACUUAACUCUCUAAUUAUGUAGAUACUAUAAUGAAUUUGUAAAACGAUAAAGUAAGUGAGUAUCUUGUUAAAUAAUCAGAAAAGUACUCUUUAACGAUGACAACCUUAAAUCAAAAUUAAAAAUUAAAUUGUCUAAUAAAGCUUGAUAAUUAAGUCAUAAUUUCAAAAACAUCUAAUCCUUUUAAUUCGAUAUAAAAUAACUUCAUUCCUUAUGUUACAUUUAACUAUAUUUCUAAGAAAAGACAACUUUAGUAAGCAAAUGUUGUACAGAAAAUUGAAAUCCCAAUCAAUACUAAAAAUAAAGAUAUCUCAAAAUUUGUUUGUCUAACAAUUGAUUAAAUCAAUAACUAACCUUAACUAUCAGUUAAUUCAAUUUCUAAUUCUAAUGAUUCUAAUAUAAUAUGCUCUUUUAUUUAAAACACUUUGGUAAUUUAUGAUGAAAAUUGUUAGUUCAUUAACAAAUCGAUUUGCUAAAAUAAUUAAGAAAGCUCAAAAUUAUCUACUUCUGAUAUUAUUUUUAUAUCACUUGGUUCUUUUGCAGUUGUAAUAUGUGUUUUAAUAAUAUAUAUUUGCCUAAGAAAAAGAGCUGCUGCAAAGAAAUUUGAAGAAAAUAAUUUAACAGUUGACUAAAUAUCACACCCAUCAAGUAAAAAGAGAAAUAUCAUUGAUAUGAGCUCUAUUUAAGACAUUAAUAUUACAGAAAGAGAUUUAUGA